AUGACCCAACUCUUUCACUUAGGCACUUCCUCCCGUCUGCGUGGUUCCCGGAGCCAUAGUGUUCUGAAGGAGAUCCGAAAACUUCAGAAGAGCACCCACCUGCUGCUCAGGAAGAGCCCCUUCAGCCGCCUGGUAAGAGAAAUAUGUGUUAAAUUCACUCGUGGUGUGGACUUCAGUUGGCAAGCCCAGGCCCUCUUGGCCAUACAAGAGGCAGCAGAAGCAUUCCUGGUUCAUCUCUUUGAGGAUUCCUAUCUUCUCUCCUUGCACGCGGGCCGCGUCACCCUCUACCCGAAGGAUGUGCAACUGGCCAGGAGGAUCCGAGGCAUCCAGGAGGGGCUGGGCUGA